AUGGCUCCCCACUUCGGACAGGAAGCCACGUCGACAGCGAUCAAGCACAGCGUCAAGACCUCAAAGCCUCAGACAAUCAUCCCUUCAACGGACGCACUUGUGCACUUGAUGAGGCUCAAGAACUCACCCUAUUUGGGGUUCCAAGUGGACGGGGCGGCAGCCUAUCCGGACGCCUCGUCGGCUCUAGAAUCAGCCGAACGUUGCAUUCUGGAGGAUCCACAGGACAAACCCGUGGCUACUGUUAAGCCGCAAGCUCGAGCUCACCCUCCAGCUCCAGCGGUGACGCAGUCUGCAUCUAUGCGUCCUCGUCAACGGGACGUACUCGUACGUCAAGUAUCCAUGAGACUCUACCGGAAAGGAGAAGACGUGGCUCAAGAUGUGCUGCAGAACGUCGCCCCGUCGCGACUGGCCGAUGCUGAGAAGGUCUGUGGAGACGCGCAGUCAAGUCUUGAGCACGAGAUUCGCAACUCGAAGAAGACGAGGAAACAUCUGUGGCUGCCGAAGACACAGGACGACUCAGUGCUGCUGAAGUCGUCCGAGUGUAAGGACGACGAGGACCGAGAUUGCGUGACUCUAUCGGCAGUCGAAGCCUUUUUCGUCUCUCGUGUCACUGACCCGACAUCGUAUUUCUACCGCUUUCAUUACGAUGAUUCUCGUCACUUGGGUCCUCGUAAAGCAGAGGUGCAGCUUGUAGACCUGACGUGGCUCAAACCUCAUGAACAAAUUGUGAGCUGGGAACGUGUAAAUGGACUGAGGAAAGCGACGCUGUCGUGGGAUGCUUACACGGAGCCUCUGCUUGUGGAUAUUAAGACCGGUGCAAUCUUAGAUGGCCAUCAUCGUUACAAUGUGGCGCUGCAAUUACGUCUGAAGCAAGUACCUGCCGUUUUGGUGGACUAUUUGGGGGACACGACGAUUCAAGUGAGCGUCUGGCCAGGAUGUGGACGACUACAUUUAACAAAGGAAGAAGUGAUUGCAAUGGCCCUUUCCCUGGAUGUGUUUCCACCAAAGACUAGUCGACAUAGGUUUACUGAGAGUCUACCACCAAUUUCCAUCCCGUUGUCGGUGCUGCGUCAGCCACCCCUUCCUGUGGAGACGGUUAUUGCUCAAGCAACAACACCGUCAGUCUUAAGCGAAGGAAUGCAGGCUAUUACGCUGCACUUGCUCGAGCGCAAGCAAAGUCUGCAGCGCGUAUCGAUUCGUUUGAUAUGUGGAGCCCAGAACUUGGCUACGUCGGUGACUAAGAGUUUGUUCCGUGGUCGACUACGUGCGCACGAUCGUGUUCGCUAUUCUACACAGAUGGACUUGAUCAUAAAGCCACUGUUCGAUACGAAGGAUUUUUUCAAUGCCAUUCGUGAAAAUGAUUUGACGUCGAGCUUUUGUCAACACAAGGCAGCGACACUCGAAGACCUUUUGUCCGACGACAUCGAUCGUCGCCAAAAGUUUUUGCUGACGCGUAUCGCUGACCCGACGUCAUAUUUCUACAAGUUUCACUUUGACGUCCAUGCACAGCGGCAACCAAAGAGGUCGAUGAUACACCUCGCAUCACUGCAAUGGCUCAAGCCUCAUGAGCACGUCGUGAGUUGGGAACGAGUCGAUGGAUUGCGUCGCGCUACUGUUUCCUGGAAUGCGUAUCUGGAGCCGCUGCUUGUGGACAGAGCUACCGGUGCGAUCUUGGAUGGCCAUCACCGUUACAAUGUGGGCAUCCAGCUGGAGCUGCAAUGUGUGCCAGUAGUGCUGGUGGACUAUCUGGAGGACGAAACGAUCACAGUGGAUGUGUGGCCAGAGUGUGGCCGCGAUUCGCUUACGAAGCAGGAGGUGAUCGAUGUCUCGCUGUCCGACGAUCUUUUUCCACCCAAGACGAGUCGCCACUCGUUUUCCGACGAUUUACCGCCGAUUUCGGUGCCGCUCGAGCGACUGAUGACGUCAGUGGGUUGCAACUACGUUUUGAUGUAG